GCGCUGCCGCCGCGCCGUCGCUGAGGGGACCAGGAAGUGCGGGGAGCAGGAGAGGCAGCCGAGGAGGGAGAGAGAAAGAGCGGACGAGCCGAGAGGCAGGCGAAGCCCGGGCCCGGCCAGCCGCCCGCCUCUUUGUACUGCCGCUGAGGCGGGCCGGGCUCUUCGCGGGGGGCGCUGACAGGCGCUGCCCGGCGGCCAGGGGGGAGAGCGGGGCUCGCCUCAGACGUGGAGCGGCGGGGGGGGGGCGAGGCUGUGUGGAAGGGGCGCUCAGCCUCCCAGGCGCCUCCGCUCCCUGCCCCUUCUCCUCCCCGCUCCGUGUCGCCAAGGGCGGAGAAGGCCAUGAGAGGUCAGUCGGGCCACCGGGGGGCGAGACGAGGCCGCCUGCUGGGGAGGCUCUUCAAGCGCCCCCUCCGCCGUCCUUCGCCUUCCCACCCCCGCCGCCUUCUCCGCCCGCUUUCCCCUCUGGCGGCGGAGCGGCGUCUGUUUCUGUGGAGGGGCUUUGUCUGCUUCUCGCCCGUCAGAAAACGGGGUGGGGGAGCAGAACCGUAGCGCUCCCCCCCCGCCCUGUUUUCUGAAGGCAGAGGAGCCUUCUCACGCCUCCCGCAUGGCAGGGGCCUGAAGAAUUCCUCUCUCCCCCCGCCAUUCUUGCUGAGCUCGGCCGCCUUUCAUUUGGGGGGGAGGGUGAGGAAAGGUUAGGAGCUGUCAAAAAGCGCCUCCCCCCCCUCCGCCUUUUUGUCUGCUUCCUCUUGACCUCGGCGCAUAACAGACCCAAAGAUGGAUGGUGAUAGUUCUACGACAGAUGCUUCUCAGUUAGGAAUUGCUGGAGACUACAUUGGUAGUAGUCACUACGUGAUACAGCCUCAUGAUGAUACUGAAGACAGCAUGAAUGAUCAUGAAGACACAAAUGGCUCCAAGGAAAGCUUUAGAGAACAAGAUAUAUACCUUCCAAUUGCAAAUGUGGCAAGAAUAAUGAAAAAUGCCAUACCUCAGACGGGAAAGAUUGCUAAGGAUGCAAAGGAGUGUGUGCAGGAGUGUGUAAGUGAAUUCAUCAGUUUUAUAACUUCAGAAGCAAGUGAAAGAUGUCACCAAGAAAAACGGAAGACUAUAAAUGGAGAAGAUAUUCUUUUUGCCAUGUCCACCUUAGGAUUUGAUAGCUAUGUUGAACCUUUGAAGUUGUAUCUCCAGAAGUUCAGAGAGGCAAUGAAAGGAGAAAAGGGAAUUGGAGGAGCAGUUACUACAGCGGAUGGACUUAGUGAGGAACUUACAGAGGAAGCGUUUACAAACCAGUUACCAGCCGGUUUGAUAACUACAGAUGGCCAACAGCAAAAUGUUAUGGUUUAUACAACAUCUUACCAACAGAUCUCUGGUGUUCAGCAAAUUCAGUUCUCGUGAUCUGAAGAAGGCUUUGGAUCUGGGAAUGUGAGACAUGGGAGGAACUAGAGAAUGCAAAAAGAAACUUGUUUGAAAUGGCUGGUGAAGAGGAAAAUGUCACUUUGUAUAUUCAGUAGCUGUAAUGUAGCUGCCUGAGGCUUGACUAAUUGAGGUGUGAACUCUGACUCGAACCUUUUCUCAUGAAUGAUUUUAAAAAAUUGGAUUUUAAAGGUAUUAAAGUAUUUUUGUUUUGUACAAGAGUUUGUUGCUCUGUAUAACUCCUGUAUGCAUUGUAUAUUGCAAUUUACUACUGUCAGAGAUUUGUAGACAGUUUCUUAUUUUCAUAUUGAAUCAUGUUACUUUUGUAAUUCAAGUAAACAGCUGGGUUUAAUUCAUGUUUACCCUUUGAAUAAAACAUAAGGGUACUGUUCA